CUCCCGACACACACAGUCGUCAAUCGCCAUUUUGAGGUGCUCGACCUGCAAACAUCGGCCGAACACCGUUGUUACGCAGCACAGUUGAAUCCAUUUUUGCAUUUUAAUCAUAGUUUUCGCUAAAAUAAGGAUCAAUGUCUCGAUUCAACAAUAAUCGUGGCGGCUUCGCGAUGAAUCAUUUCCAGCAACGCAGAGGAGGCGGUGGGCCAGGCGGCCCUAUGAGGGGUGGGAUAAUGGGAAACCCACAUUUCAGGAACCAUCCUUUCCAGAACCAAAAUCAGAACCAAAAUCGGAGGGGAGCCAAUAAUAACUUAAACAGACCUCCCAACCAGGGGCAAAAUACCCCACAGAAGCCGCCACUUAACCAGUCGCUGCCAAUUAUUCCUCCACCAACUCCUGGCCCAGCUCUCACUAUGAAGGGGCCGAUGCAGCAGAUUCAGAAACCGGCACAACAGCCCAACGCAACACCAGAAAAGCAACCGGAGCCGAAACCGGCAACCCCUGCACCGCAACCGAAGAUUCAGUCACCUCCUCCGAAACCCAACAUCACUUCCCCUCCUCCGAACCAGGCGAACAAGAACCAGAACCAGGAGCUGAAGUCACCGGUAGUAAACACUAAUGGACAGAAGCCGCCUCCGAACCCGAUCCCAAAGCCGGGGCCUGUACAAGGCCCAAAACCCCCCCAACAAAGUCAGAGGUCUGGCCCAAACCAAGGCAAUAACGGCCAGCGAGCAGGCCCUCAUCAAGGCCAGAGGACAGGCCCCUUUCAGGGCCAGCGGACAGGACCCCCGGCAAUGAGGCCCAAACAGGACCAAGUCGUAAGAAUGUGCGGAAACAACGACGGCGCCGAGACCGACGGCAGCCAUGAUACGUCGUUCAAGGCGACCCUCUCCAUGCUGCUGAAGCCUGGCGAGAAGACGUACACGCAGCGGUGUCGCCUGUUCAUUGGAAAUCUCCCCAACGACAUCUCAGAGGAAGAUUUCAAGAAGCUGUUCGCAAAAUAUGGUGAGCCCAGCGAGGUCUUCAUCAACAAAAGCAAAGGCUUUGGAUUCAUCAGACUGGAGUCCCGUGCACUCGCAGAGAUAGCAAAAGCAGAGUUGGAUGACAAGCCGAUGAGAAGCAGACCUCUGCGUGUUCGAUUUGCCACACACUCUGCCGCUUUGUCUGUGAAGAACCUGUCACCAUUUGUUUCAAACGAGCUCCUUGAGGAAGCCUUCUCACAGUUUGGAAUGGUUGAGCGAUCCAUUGUCAUCGUGGAUGAUCGCGGACGCCCCACAGGCAAGGGAAUUGUUGAGUUUGCCUCCAAACCUGCCGCUAGAAAGGCAUUGGAUCGUUGCAACGAGGGUGUCUUCCUUCUCACCACGUCCCCACGGCCUGUUGUUGUGGAGCCUCUGGAGCAGUAUGACGAUGAAGAUGGUCUUCCAGAAAAACUAGCACAGAAAAACCCCAGAUAUCAAGCAGAGCGUGAGGAACCUCCUCGUUUUGCUCGUCCUGGUACUUUCGAAUACGAGUACUCCAAGCGCUGGAAGUCCCUGGAUGACAUGGAGAAGCAGCAGAGGCAGCAGGUGGAGAAGAACAUGCGCGAGGCCCGUGACAAGCUGGAGAGCGAGAUGGAGGACGCCUUCCACGAGCACCAGGCCAGCAUGCUCAGACAGGAUCUGCUGAGGCGACAGGAGGAACUGAGGCGCAUGGAGGAGGUGCACAGUCAGGAGAUGCAGAAGAGGAAGGAGAUGCAGAUCAGACAAGAAGAAGAGCGUCGGCGGCGGGAAGAAGAGAUGAUUCGCAAGAGGGACAUGGAAGAACAGAUGCGUCGCCAGCGUGAGGAGAACUUCAGGAUGGGCAACUUCAUGGAUAGGGACAGGGAAAUGAGAAUGAAUCCUGGCAUGAAUGAUAUGCCAUUUGGUGGAGCCAACCAGAAGUUCCCAAUGGGCUUUGAGGGACAGAAGGGACCAGCUGCAGGAGGCCUGAUGGCCAACGAAAUGCGCAACGAGCGCUUUGCCCAGGGCGGUCCUAGGGGAAUGGGUCCUGGUACCCCCGGGUUCGGCAGGGUCCGUGAGGAGUUUGAUGGUCCUGCUAAGAAACCCCGUUUUUAAAUGCUGCUAUUUGAAGCUUCCAGCAGCAACAUUUGUAUAGAUUCUCCACCACAAACUUGUUGAGUCGCAUUUCUUGUAUUUAAGUUUAAAUUGUUGCUACAUUUUAGCCUGACAAUUUACUCAUUUUAUGACAAAGUCAAUAUUUUCCUUUUUUUAUUUUGUAUUGUCAGUAGUAUGGAAAGAUGGAACACCCUCGUGUGAUCAUUAGCUCUUUCUGACACAUGUAUACUUUUCUUUUCUAGAUGUAUUAUGCUCUGUGAGUCGCCGUGAAGUGAUAACUGUAACACUUUUCUCUACCUUCUAUGGCUGUGUUUUGUGCCAUACAUUUGGAGUCAAAGCAUGUAUUAUAAUAAAGAGACAUUGGUUCUGUCCGGCAAAACGUUAACAUUUAUUCCUAAAAGUUGAAACUAUAAACUUAUAUGUUCAAAAGCAACAAUUUACUAACAAAUAGUUGUUUGUAAUUGACGUGGCUAUUUCUGCCACGAUAGGUCUUAAAGGGUCUAUGUGUUAUCUCUGCCGAAGUCCUGAACCUCAAUCGCUCAGCGACGCGUGGCUCCUCCUGAUGCAUAUGCUGCAAAUUUCCCUGCAGUCUUUUGCUUGUUUUUUUAUUCCCAUUAAACUCAAAGAACUAGCUGACACUUACAAUUUGCAUUCCUGAUAUGAGUGUUUAUUAGACUUUUAUCAAAUAAUUAUACUAAUCUAGCAGUGACAUGUCUUAUUGGUAAAGGGCUUGGACAUUUGGCAUCUGCAAGUCUAGACUGCAUCAAUGUCUUCGAACUGUAUAGGAGACACAAUAUUAUGAAUCCAUUUAAAUAUACCUCUUUUAAUUGUUUCUCCAUAUACACUGCUUAGUGGCAAUGGAGGUCUCCGCUCUCUGUUUAGCAUGUUCCAUUCACUGUUAUUCAGUAACUCUUCUUUUAAAGUCAUGUUUUCGGAAAGCAGAAAUACUACACAUAGAUCCUUUAAGAAAGACUUGUUUGGUGGUUGUGGGUAGCCAAGUGGACACUCGUCUUCUUAUAAAUACAAAUGCUUAUAUCAGAUACUGAGUGACUUACAGGAAACGUUAGUGCAUCUUUGGUGCAAUUUUUUUAAGCUAUUGACUACGUUUACAUGCAGUCGAAUACAAUAUUUAAAAAUGUAAGGAUCACCAUGCUCUCCUCUUUAGUUGCAAACAUUUGAUCAAAGUGACUGUUGGCCUCUUCUUGGUAGUAAAUGGGUUGUUUUUGAGAGCUCAUUACAAUUGAACAAAACAAUCCACCAAGUUGUGCAUUAUGCUUUUAAAUACCCCCAGUCUGUGUUGGUAAUUUUCUUAGUCAGCGGUGAGACCAAUAUAAUGAUGCACUUCUACUACUGCAUUGUACAGCUCAACAAUCUUUGGUUUCCAUUAGAAAAACUUGCAUAAUUUGUUGGUACUCUUCAGGUGAGAUUUCAAGCAAGCUAAACUUGCAAAUUAAUAUGGGAGCUCAAACGCUGCAGACCAAUGA